AUGGAAAGUGAUGAAUUUAUCAACCUAAAAAUACCAAUAAAGAAAGCAAAAAGCUUCUCAACAGUAUCUAUUCCAGAAUUUGCACAAAUUCCAUACCAAUUACAGACAAAACUCGAUGAAAUAAAUGAAUCAAAUAUCGAUUCCAUCGUAGAGUUUAUCAUAUCAAACUAUAAAAAGAACGAAUUACAGAUCGCUAUUGAUGAAAUUUUAUUCUUUUCCAACUUAAAACAAAAAAGAAACAACCUUUACGGUGAAUUAUUAAUUAGAAUAGGCAGAUCUCUCGAUAAACAUAUUGAUCCAGUUAUAAUUGGCAAAGAAAAUGGGUUUGUUGUUAGAUAUAUGUACGAUCAAGGCUACUAUACCCUUAAACAAAUCAAAAACGCAUGUGAGAAUUGUAUGAUCAUCAAAAAUAAGCAGAUUUAUCUACCAUUAUACCUAUUUUUUGCACACGAAUUUGGUUUAUACGAGAAAGAUGCCCACUAUUAUGGAUUCUCUUCUAAAUAUUUUGAAAAAUUAAAGGAAGAUGAUUAUUAUUUACUGGACGAGAUACUUAAAAACGGCUAUGAAACGAAUUCUCUUACUUACUGCAUCAUGAAAGAUGACCUUGUUAAGUUCAAACAGUUCAUUGAAGCAGGAAUUGAAAAAGAUGACACAAUUGUAUUAAAUACAUUCGAAGGAUUAUACAGAGAUUACGAAUUAUACCUUGCCGAUGCCGCUGGCUACUUCGGUGCCAAGAACAUCCUUAAUUAUCUCUUUUCUCUCAAAGUUCGACCAGAUGAUGACAUAAUUCGAUGGUCAAUCAUCGGAAGACACACGGAAAUCAUUGAUUUUCUUGUCGAAAAGGAAGCCGAAUUCGAUGGCGCAAUGAAAUACGCAUUGCAAACAUAUGAUGUCGAAAUUUGUGACAAAAUUUUGAAAUUAGAUAAGAAACCAAUAUCAUUAUUAGAUGUUUCACAGACAGGAUUCAUUUCUGGAGCAAUAUAUGUACUCGGAAACACAGAAAUUCCAGGAAAAAUCGAUGGAGAAAAUGUUCAUAAUUCAUUAGUUAAUCAUCAUCGACUUUUGUCUUCAAUUUUAUUGGAAGAAGAUGCAGACAUAACAUUUAAGACUAAACAAGGUCGUACACUUCUUCAUGAUGCAGUAGAAAACGGGUAUUACGAAGUUAUUACUAAAUUAAGUACAAUGCUAUGUGAUUUUCUUGUUCCUGACAACCAAGAAACAUUUCCUCUUCAUUUGGCAGCUGCUUCUGGAAAUAUUGAUGUUUUGAAGUUCAUUUUCAACAAUUCAAGGGAAGUGUUGAAUAAGACAGACGCUGUUUUCGGAAUUCCUUUGCAUUACGCGUGCAGAUACAACUUCUAUGACGGAGUUGUUUUUCUUGUGAAUUCAGGCGCAGAAGUAAACAAAGAAGGAAGAGAUGGAUACACUCCACUCCACAUUGCUUCAAAGAGGAAUAACGAGAAAAUUGUUUUGUUCUUGAAAGAACACGGUGCUGAAAUGACUAAGAAGAGUGAGAAAGGUCACAAAGCAAAGAAAAUAUCUCAUUCAACUUUAGUCAGAGGAAUGUUUAACUAA